UAAUGUCAAAUUCAUUUAUAAAAACUUUUUCUCAUUCAGACGGAAUAUUGUUGAAUUGAGUUAAUAAUUUUUAAGUUCGUGUUAUAUUUUUAAAUAAAUGUCUAAGGCUCGUAAGGAUCCUUGUAAGCCUUACGCCUGCCGCAUACAAGCUUGUUUGACUGAAAAUAACUUCCAAGAAGAUAAGUGCGUUGAGGUGCUUGAGCAAAUGCGCAUUUGCUGUUUAAAGUGGCAUAAGGAGUCGAUUUGUUGCAGUGGUAUUGAUUUGGAAAAACCUUUUUUAAAAAAAGCCGACAGCGAUAAGACUGCCAAAUUACCAAACAGCAGUAGCAUAUAAUGACAACAUCAGCACCCCCAUAUAAGCCGCCUAAAGAUCUUCAGGAUUUAUUGGACAAAAA